CUUGGUUCAAAGAAAAAGUAACCAGAAGCUUCAAAUUCAGUGCCCUUCUCUCCCUCCACCCCUCUAGGAGUCAACUAUCAGCAUUGACUUCACUAUAGUUCAUCUGCAUCCUCCCCUCAUAUGUCUCUCCGCACGCACAUGUUAAAGAAAGGCAGAGGAACUGCUGGUUAUAUGAAGGCUCUGGAUCGAUCCUCUUAGAAGAGAGAGAGAGAGUAUUGCGGAGAGAGGGAUGUACACGGUUUAUUCUUUCUGCUCUGUUGUGCUGCUGUCCUCUUACUGGGAGGAUCACAAACAGCACUGAACUUCAGUCCAGUUCAUCUGGAGGUCCUUCCUAUGAUCUACACUUAUAUAUUAAAGAAUCGGAGAGGAGUUGCUGGAUAUUCAGAGGCUCUGACAUUGUAAGAGCUAGGACAUAGAAAAGUUGCGGAAAAGAUGAUGGAUGCUCAUGGUUUCUUCUUUAUGUUCAGCUGUGCGGUUGCCCUGUUACUAGUAGGAGCACAAGAAGGAUUUAUCAGCAUCGAUUGUGGACGAAGCGAGACAGCUAACUACAAUUACUCAGACAACCUCCCCUAUGUCACCGAUGACGGGUACAUUGACAGUGGGGUGGACAUUCCGCUAGAUCCUAAAGAAUGGCAUUACGGCGAGCGAGGCUUACUCUACGGUGAGAUCGUUCCCAAACAACACAAGAAACUGCUAUCAGCUGCUUGCGACUGUUGGCACUAAGUAUCUUGUCCGGGCCUCCUUCCUUUACGGCAAUUAUGACGGCCUCAGUGAACUGCCCCGCUUCGACCUCUAUCUUGGUGUGAACUUCCUGUAUGCGUGCCUCGUGAACACAGGACAUGGAACACCUUUCAUUUCUGCUUUGAAGCUUCGGCCACUCGAUCCAGACAUGUAUGCCCCCGCCAAUAGCUCGCUCUCGCUUGCUUUGAAAACAUUCAAGCGAGUAGACGUUGGGGCCAACGAUGAGACUGGGUACCCGGAAGACCGCUUUGAUCGCAUAUGGGAGCCAGAGUACGACGGUUAUGGGACUCCGAACAGCACAACUGAAACAGUGAGUGAGUCUGGUGAACCACUCUUUGGGAUGCCGUCGAUCGUGAUGCAAACUGCUGUCUACUCGAAGGAUGAGAUCUUGGUGAACUGGACUGGGAGAGUUGACGACAUGUUCUACCUCUACUUAGAGUUCGCCGACGUAGUACGACCGGCCGACCCCCAAUCGAGGCGGAUGAACGUUCUAAUGAACGGCCAGGUCUGGGGCAAUGCCUCAGUUUCCUACCUCGAUAGCAGUGUUCUGUACUCAACUAGUCCGGAAACCGUCUCCCAGUAUAAAUUCUCCAUACGGUCGGACAAUGCUUCAGACGAGGGCGCGGUCCUCAACUCCUUCGAGGUCUACAAAGCGCUUACAUUCAACAGCUCCGCAACCGACGCCCGAGAAGUUAGUGCUCUUCAGAAAAUCAAAGAGUUGUACAAUCUAAAGAAACACUGGCAGGGAGAUCCUUGUCUUCCUGUUUCUCCUUGGGAUGGUCUGACCUGUGACAAUGCUUCAACACCACGAAUAUUGACUUUGGAUAUUUCUAAUAGUGAGCUGAAUGGUUCUAUUGCUCAACAAAUUUUUGAACUGACAUCACUUAAAACAUUGAACUUGUCAAGGAACAACCUGUAUGGACCAGUGCCAACAUUUUUGCAAGACCUCCAAAAUUUGAUCAACAUUGAUCUGUCAAUGAACGAUCUCUCUGGAUCAAUCCCUCCUGGCUUGCAACAAAAAAAUAAAACGGGAGUACUCAUACUAAGAAUUGAAGGCAAUCCUCGGAUUUGUCAGGAAAAUCAAUGCGGCCAAGAUGAAAAGGGCAGGAAGCAUUUAAUUGUGAUUCUGGUUGUGGUAUCUCUUGUUAGUGCAACCACAAUUCUUCUUAUGGUGGUAACUGCAGUGAUCAAGCGAAGAAACCAGGACAAGCCUGGAGAAGGUGGGCCUCCACAAGCAAACAGACAAAUGGUAGACAGUCUUUCGGGACAACAUGCAAGAUUGGGAUCCGGCAAAAGUUGCACUUUCACUUACUCCCAAGUAAUGGAAAUGACGAACAACUUUGAAAAAGUUAUUGGUAGAGGAGGGUCUGGCACUGUCUUCUAUGGACGCCUCAAAGAUGGACACGAAGUCGCAGUUAAGAAGCUGUCCUCAAGAUUUGUUGAACGAGGAACCAUGGAAUUUGCUACUGAGGUUAAGAUGCUGAUGCAAGUUCACUGCAGACAUUUAACACCCUUUGUUGGGUACUGUGAUGAUGAAAAAGCAUUGAUCCUCGUUUACGAGUACAUGUCUAAUGGAAACCUUCAGAAACUACUUUCAGAAGAAGCGGCUGAUGCGUUGAACUGGCAACAACGGUUGAACAUUGCUUUGGGUGCAGCAAAAGGCCUAGAUUACUUGCACUCAGGAUGUAGACCGGCAUUCAUUCACAGGGAUGUGAAGUCAAGCAACAUUCUAAUUAAUGAGAAUUUUGAAGCAAAAAUUGCAGAUUUUGGGCUAUCAAAGGCUGUUGUCUCAGAUGAGGUUACACAUAUUACAACUGUUGUUGCAGGCACAGCUGGAUAUCUGGACCCUGAGUACUGUUAUACCAACAAAGUUACUGAGAAGAGUGACGUGUAUGGAUUUGGGGUUGUCCUGUUUGAGCUCUGACAGAAUUGCAACGACCAAAAGAAGAUCAAUAUGGCAACUAUUGGCAAGGAAAUAAAGUUGGGCAACGG